ACACUGUGCUCCCGAAAGGUGACAAGCCAGACUUUGUGCCAAUAAUAUUCGAGAAGAAUGCGAAACCUCGUCGGCCGAAAAGUCAAUCACCACCGAUCAUCCCGAGGAAGAGGCCGAUUUCCAUUGAUUCCAGGCCUGCGUUUAACACUCGUCCGAUAAGAUCGCCUCCGGCAAGUCCUCCACAUCGGCCGACAAGGCGAAUCCCUUCGCCACCGGUGGAGCCAAAGACACCACCACAUCGUCCCAGGAGCAUCAAUGAAUCUACCCAGAAUUGUCAAACGGAAACGAGUCCACCGAGAAGGGAAGUGAGAAGUCGAGCUGCAACUCGCAUUCCUUCCCCUCCACUGGCCUCACACGGCACCAGUACACCUGAUAAGCCGAAGUUCCUGGAACCACGUCGCACACCGAGAAGACCAAGAGAGGAAACGCCACCACCUAGUUCCCCUACUCUUCCCAGAGGUGCCGUUUCAAUGAGAAAUCCUCGUGGACGAAUGGGUGGUGUAGUACGCGCUGGAGGAGGAGGUGGUCCCUCUCCAAUUGGAUGGAAACCGUGGUCGUCAAACUCCGCCUCAUCUCAGAAACAGCAGUUUCUCAGUGACAACUAA